AUGCAAGCAACAAAGCGAAGGAGAGAUGUGGCUGAAGUCUCAGAUGAAGAAGGUAAUUUCUGUGGUAAGAAAAUAAGCCCUCCCAGCCUAUACAUGAAGCUAAAAGUGAAAAUUUAAUUAUUCACUGUACGAAUAUGUAAGAUUAUUGCAACCUUGGUCAUAAUUUCUGGGACGUUGGACACUAGUGAAAACAUUCAUCUGGCUGAAUAAAUCCAUCCCUCCUCACAAAGUUUGGAAGAGCCCACUCAUUUUUAAGCAAGUGAGUGAUUAGUCCUUUAAAAAAAAAUUUUACAUGUGGACCAACCUUGAGAGAACCUUUUGUUAGGGGCUAUUUACAUGAAGGCAGAAAGAUUUUAGAACCAGACAGAUCUUAGAAGGGUGAACAACUUAUCAUUUGGUUAAUACAUGCAAGGUUGUGGUCAAAUUAACUGUUAACUGCCUUUCAACAGAGACUCUCUUUGGCUAAAUCUGGCUGGGUUUCUUUUUCUCAUUUUACUGCAAGGCUGGAAAACGUAAAGCCCAUCUUCCUCCAAGAAGCUGGGACUAUUGUAAUUUCUGUGCAAAAUUAAGCAUGCAUUUGUCGUAGCAAAAUUACCUUAUAACCAUAAUAAAGAUGAAAUGUUUUGAAUUUAUGUGAGUUUCUGACAUUUUAUUUGAAUGUUUACGUUAUAGUAAUAACGACAGAUUCGUGUUUGUAUUUCCCACAAACGAUUAAAAAUAUCCAUUACUAUUAGAACUCAAUUUACACAUAAAGCAAUUGUGAAUGGACAGAAAUAGCAAAGAAAUUAAUCUGGUUAAACUCAAUUCAAGAAUUUCUGUAGACGUUUAACUCUGCUUGAGGCUGCCAAACCAACCUUACGUGCCACAGUGCACAUGUAAUUUAGUAGUCGCUACCUUGAAGAAUGAUUUUGUUCUGCAAGCACAUUGUUGUUUAUGUAUCGUUAUUCGCUCCGUUGUCACUUGUUGCGAUGUUCCGUUACAUACAUUUUCCACAGAUAACGCACAGCAAACACAUUGGCAAUAGAAAACAAACGUGUUGAAAACACAAGGUACACUGAGUGAUACAAACUAUUAAAUAAUUUAAAUUUUCUCUUUGGAAAAUAAUAAUUAUUUUCCAAAGAGAAAAUUUAAAUUCAUAGCACAUGAGGUUAAACGUUUAUGCUUCGCACCAUAGGUACCUGUCAUUGCCCUUUUCUUCCUACAGACUCUUGAUUGCCAGUAAGCUCAUGUCCUCCCGGAGGACUAUUUUUUCUCUCUUGCAAUGAUGUAACUUCUAUCAAUAUUUAUUUAGUUAUGCAGACUCAAUCAUCAUCAAGAAAGUGAAAAAAUUUUAACAAGGAAAUCCAGUUUUGUAUAAAAUAAAAUAAUUGCCUCCUCCCUUCUUAUCUAUCUCAGACCAAGCAAGCGAGACUUUGAUGCUUUUAGAGCGUUCUUGGUUCGUUAGAGUUGUUAACAUCAUGUGAAUCGGGCUUUUUUUUCUAAGUCCAUGGUUUACGCAAGCGUGGAUGAAUCAUAGCUAAGUUUACUUCCAUGUAUACAUACUGCUAAGACAGAACAGUUGGCUUUGGUCUGUCUCAAAAUGGUUUAGGAUUUUUCCCUUUCUCCGUAAGUUCAAGAACAUUUAAACUUCUAGAGUUCUUGAAUCUCCCAAAAAAAGUAGGUGGAGGGGUUGGAGGGAGAGAGAGAAAAGAAAAAGAAUAUGCGGCAGGUGUGAACAUGUGCACUUUUGUGUACUUUUCAUGUACAAAUAAUUAUUGGAUCUCACUAUGCCUUAAAAGUGCCAAAAUUGCAAGAAAACUAAUGAAAGCCAAUUUAAGAAAUGCCUUUGCUGAUUUUAUUCAUUUAAAUAUUUCGGAGGAAAGCUAUUAGGGAGUUCAAGCGAAGACUUUUUUGAGUACCGCCUUUCAACUUGACGUGAGGCCGUUAAUUUCUCUUUUAAGAUGCCUAAUGAAGCUACCAAAUUAAAGUGUAUUGCUAAGUGUCUUUUCACCUAUUGAGACAGUUUGCCGCAAAGUAUUUUGGGCAUAACGACUGCCCAAGAUGCAAUUAUGUUCACUUCCGUUCCCCAUCGGUUUGGAUGGGAAACAUUACUUAAGCAGAACAUGAGGUACUAACGAGACUGCACUGCCCUCUGCAAAAUUAAUCAACAAGUUAAAUAAGUGAGAACUAUGGAUUAAGCAAAUACUAUUAUUAAAAUCUUACUAAUUCUCUUAUCAUGAAAAACUAGUUGAUGUCAAUUUCAGGGGAUUAUUUUAAAUUAAUCACUGCAAUAGGAUCCAGAAACUUAUUAAUAUCCAUGACCACUACACCCCUACCAAACAAUGGAAAAUGUGAUUAUAAGUACUCAUUUUUUUUCUUUGUUUUCUUUUUUUCUCAGCUUGGAAUGUUUUUCCAUCUUUACAAAACUUACAAUGUGAUGCAGAACAGGUUAGCAAGAAAACCAACCUACCAUCUGAUCUGACAACGAUUGCUGCCAACAAAGGAUUUGUUGUUUCUGAUAACCAAGCAUCCGGGAACUGUUUAUUCUAUGCAUUAUCAGAACAAUUACAAAGUGUCAAAGGAAUUCGAAUCUCACACAAAGAGCUAAGGAAAACGUUGGUUGAGUUCCUCGAUGAGAACCCUAAUCUGGUAGGUUGUUGACUAGCCUAACUAACAGGCCUUCCAUGUCUGUUUGGCGGAUUCCUCUCAUAUGAUAAUCAUUUAAUAAUAAUAAUAUUAAAUUAAUCAGCAAUAAUCAUAAUCAAUUUUAUAAUCAUUUCGCUUCACCCAGUUUGACGAUUCUUUGGUAAACUAAAUUGGAUAAAAGCCGGGAUUGAACAUAACAAAAAAGAGCUGAAGUAUUAUGGGAUCAAGACUAGGCUCUCUCGAUCUUCUUUGAAAUCACCCACCUCUUCGUAUUUAGUCUGAAAUACUUAAGCUUUGAAAGCGAAACUUGGAGGGUAAUAACAACCAAAAACAACCAUUUUAGGUCACUUGUCUUGGUGACAUCACACAAAUUAUACAUCAUGACUUGAAAUAGUCGCCUUCUGUCGCCACCUAAGGUUACAGGUGGCCUUAACAGUAAGUUAACAGUAUCAUUUCCCUCCUAAAACCACUUCCAAAAUUUGGAGAGAAUCAAAAUUAUUCAUUUACAGGGCUGCCUCAAGGUGGGCCCAGUUUAUAAAAUACCUUUCAUUUUCUCCCCAGGGGGUAUUUCUGGGAAGUUGUAGUGGGGGUGUGCUGUCCAACUCUCCAAAUCUUGGCACUAUUUCAGAGCAAUAG